AUCGACAGCUUCAAGCUCAUAUCAACAAACAACACUACUCAAACAAAUGCCAAAAUGACAUCAAAGCCUUCAUCAACUUAUCAUCUUCCCUAUCUACAACAAACAUUUGAUGUUAGGAUUAAAAUCAUACUGAGCUUUUGGUUAGUGAUUAUCUUGAGUUUACCAGUUUGGUGGCAAACUACAAAGAUCGAACGUAAACCAUUACCAAAAUCUACAUUAGAACAUUGGAAAUCACUUCAGCCAUGUCCAAUUCGAUUUCCUAUUCAUUUAACUUCUAAUUCCAAAGACCUUACAAUCCAAUCAUUAAAUGAAGAAAUAAACAAACUGUCUUCUAAACUUGAGAGUCAAAAAUACAAGUAUCAAGAUGAGAUUGAUAUUAUCACGGCUCGUUGUUUUGAUUUUGAUUUAGAUUAUCAACUUGAUUCAUCAAGUCAUGAUCAUAUUGUAACGUAUAACCAUGAAGCUUUAUCGAAUUCACAUCAAACCUCGUCACGAUCCGGCGGAAUACCUAUUCGAUUGAGAUCUAAAAACCCAUCAAAAGAACUCCUUAAAAAGCUUGCACCUCUGUCAAGAUCUUCUGUUUCAAUUCAAGGCAAAGAUUCACGCGUGGUGAAAUACUCGGCAAAUUUGAAACUGAUCUUCAGUCUUAUGAAUGAAGAUAUCACUAAAUCUGACGAUAUACUUGGCUGGGAGAUAAAAGAAUCGAUUCGAGAUCAUCUUUCGCCGGUCUUGACUAGCCUUUCAUCACUACACAACUUUACGUUCGAGACCCAAAUCUCACAUUAUUCACCCCUCACAUCUCAACCUACUGAGCUUCAUGAAAUGAGUGAUAAUCCUACAAAAGAGAAUCAAAAGUUAUUUAUUAUUGAGGAAGACGAUUUGAAAGCUUUCAUCAAUGAAGCUGACUGGAGUCUAGGAUCACCGGUAUCUAUGGACCCUGUAUUGCAUUUUGUGCUAUACAUCCCUUCUGUUGAACAUCGUCCUUUCAAAAUCAGACGUAAAGAUGGAUCACUCGAUCGCGAUGGAAGUUUUAUCCGACCACAAUGGGGUAGUGUGGUAAUUUACAACCCUGAACGGAAUACAAAUGAACCGAACCAUUCAACAUCAAUCUUAUCUGUCAAAGAAUUGACUCAACCCAUGCAAAUCUUUAGAUCACAUCUUUUAAAUUUACUUGGAAUUUCUGAUAAAGGAUUCGGAUUGAAAUCUCCAUCCAUUGAAAUUGAUUCGAUUAUGAGACGUAGAAUUUUAGAAACCAGUUUGGAUUCAAUUAAUGAUCUUGAUGUGAUUUUUAACCUGAUUGAUCAACAAAGUAAUAUGCGUGUUGGAUCAGAUGUUCAAAAGCAAGUAAGAGAUUCAUUAAAAGCGCUUCAAAUGGCACAAGAUGAAUUAAAAACCAAAAACACAAUGAUCAACAAACUAACAUCAUCAAUCUAUCUCAUCAAUCUUUCAUCAAGUUUAUCAUCUAAAGCCGUCUUCAAUCCCACCAUGUUAUCAUUACUUUAUUUUCCUGAUGAACAUAAAUAUGCGAUUUAUACUCCUUUAUUCGGUCCAAUCUUUGUUCCACUUUUGGUUUGUUUGAUAAAAGAACUGAAAGGUUUCUUUAGUAGAAGAAAAUUAAAACAAAAUUCUUUGAAAGAGAAAAAAGAAUGAGGUGGUUUGGUUUGGGGGGGUUGUGGUUUGGUUUGGAAACGAUUUUUGUAUGAACAUGAAUGAUUUCUGUUAAAGGUAUUU